AUGUCAUUUCAAGUUCAAUUAGAUCAAACUCGUCAACAAUUGUAUCAGAGUCAAACUCAACCAAAUCAGAGUCAACCAGAUCCGAAUCAAAAUAAAUUAGACCUGACGAGAGAGAAAUCAAUUCAAGCAAAUGGUGAUCAAGUAAUCCAAAACAAGGAAUCAAAUCGAGUAUUAACACAAGCAGAGGCGGUGGCGAAGGGGAUCCAACCAGGCCAAAGACUUCAAACUCCUAGACAAGGUGCGAUUGGCAAGAAUACUAAAAGAGGAAGCAAAGGUUCAAACCGUAAUCCAAAGAGCCUUUGUGGAGUUGGUAUUCCAAAACGAGGUCGUCGCCCGAUUGGAAUCAAGAAAGCUAAAGGGAUUGGAAAGAGGAUGGAUGGAUGA